GUAACAAGGGAGCGCACCAUCCGGUUUUAUUUUAUGUCCAUGUAAACAAUGAUAAUAAAUAACUGAAAAGUCUUAAGUACCCGGUAUAGUAGUAGUUUCGUCUAAACCUCUCGUUCAAGAUCAAUAACAUUAUAUUAUUACAGUCUCAUAAAACAUUUAUCCAAACAUGACCGGGGAAAAAAAUUAUUGGAAAGUCUUGAUAAAACUAGUUGUUUUUGUUAUUUUAAAAGUUAGAGCUCCACGUCCACUAAUAAUUAUUAAUCUAUUUUUAUUAAAUUAAUAUUAAAUUUAUUUGAUACUGAUUCAAAUUUACGACUUUUCGGCAUUAUGAUUGUGGCUUUGACUUUUGUACUUUGUUGAGUUCUAAGUUUUGGCGUGCCAAGUUUUUGUUCAAGUUCUUGCAUGGGCUUGGAGUCAGUCCCAGUCCUUGGCCUUGGCUUAGUAAGGCUAUACUAUUUCAUACCAAAGGCCAGUGAGUGAGGUGUGAGUCUGAGUUCAUAGUCCUCUUCCAAGUGUUUAUUUUUGAAAAAAAAGAGAAAAGAAAUAGGCUGAUAUGUUAUUAUGUAAUAUAUUUUGAAGUAAAGUAUGGAGCUUCUAAUGCUAAAACUUAGUAAAAGUAUAACUAAAGACUAAAGUACUACAAUAUACCUGCCUUAACAACUUACCUUAUGAGACUUUCAAUGACUCCCAAUCGCUGCCCUAGCCUAAUGAUGACUAAUAAAAAAUUAUGUAAGACAAAAUUUGAAAAGCAUCAUUUCUAAAAGUAUGGACAUCUACUCAAGACCUAUAAAUUUAAAUUUAAUUUACUAGAUCCUGGACUGGUAAAGAAAAAAAAUCAAAAUGGUAUCAAGAUCUCUACUAUCCAGAAUUAUCAAAGUGACUACCUUGAGGCUUAUUUUAUUGAUUGGAAUUGUGUAUGUGUUUCUUAUUUGGCUAAGCUACAAACACCUGGAAAGAAAUAUGUCUCACAUGCAACAAAAAGGUCAAGUCUUUCGCCCAAAAAUAAAACAGGUUAGCCCAAGUCCCAAGAUUACAAAAAAUUGCCUUAGGCCUCAUUGCCUCAUUAUUGUUUUUUUAAUUUUAAUAAUAUUUACUCACAGAAAAAUAUUUUAAAUUUUGGGACAUAGUUGUGUAAAUAAACAACUGGAUAAAAUAUUCUAAACUCCUGCAAAAUCACUCUAUUUCAAACUUUUCAAAAUAGAGACCCCGCGCAAAAGCUCUUCAGAACUGUACUUAUUUUUUUUUUCAUAAACAUCUGCAUUUCUUCUUCUUCUAUAUCUUAAGGGCCCAUUUAAUUUGUUAGUCUUAAUUUAUCACAAUAAGCAGUAAUUUUAUCUUGAACUGAAUUAUUUAAUGGUUUGUUACAACUUAAAUAAUUAUAUUUUUCUAGGAUGGGAGUUUUCAGAUCUACGCCAAAGAAUGUCAAAAAAUCCAUUACACUCGGCACAAUGAUUUUUCCCAGUUUUCUGAUUCGUUGAAAGUAAAAUCAUUGGAACCAGGAGUUUGUCAUGUUCCUGUUCAGCCUCCCAAGCCAGACAUUCAGGUGUGUGGGAUAAAUCCAUUUAUUCAAUUGCUUUAUUAUAUUUUAAAUAAUAUUACUAAAUCCAUUAAUUCAAGUUUCUUAUAUUUUUGCCUUUUGAGUGUGUUAAACUGAUGCUAUGAAAUGUAUCCAUAACUUUAUAUUACUGGGUACACAUUUUUUGUUGUCUAAAUUAUAAUAUUUGUCACAUAAGUCCCAUCAGGAAAACUAAAAUUUAUGUUCAAAAUAUUGUACUGUCAUUAAACUCCAUUCUUCAUUUUUUUAAAUUUUAUCAGAUGGAGGAAGAGUGGAAUGAUAUAGGUGUUGGGUACCCCCAGUAUGUGUACACAAUAAGUGGCUGGAUUCAAGUAAUUGAUGUCCCCAACUAUGACGCCAAACCCUUAAAAGUCAUAAUAGUGCCACAUUCACAUCAGGACCCAGGUGAGUGGUCAUUUUGAAUUUAUUUUCAUUAAAUUUAACAUGAUUCAAAUUUUAAAGUUUAAUUUCUAAUGUCUCUUUCAAAUUUCAUUAUUUGAUAAACGUUUUCUUUAGUUCUUAAGGUUUUAAAUUCUUAAUAAUUUCAUAUGCCUGCUUUCAAAUUGUUUGUGAACAAAACUUAUCAAGUUUUAAGUUCAGCUCCAUGGCAUUUUUUUCAGGUUGGCGUGAAACUUUUGACAGUUACUUCAACAGUUACACAAGGAGCACACUUGAUUAUAUUGUCAAAUUUUUAGGAGAAAAUCCAACUUGGAAAUUUAUUUGGUCUGAAGUAUCCUAUUUAGAAAAGUGGUUUAACUUGCCAAGCAGC